UUCCAAUCACGGCCGGAUGUGAUACAGUCUGGAAUAGAACCAGGGACUGUAGUGACGCCUCUAUGCGCUGAGAUGCAGUGCCUUAGACAGCUGCGCCACUCGGGGAGACCCAUAACAGAGAUGGUAACAACACAGUAAAUGUGCAAGAGGGACAACUAGUUACUAAAGCUAAGCGCUGUGAUUGGAGCGUUUCGCUUCCGCAGCUGCGCAGACACUGAGAACCUAACCGGAGCUGUCAUCUGGAAAGGGAGGAGAGGAACAGAAGAGAAGAACGAAAUAAACGCAGCGAGGACGCGAACACUCAAGAAAGAGUCAGAAGCUGUCUUCCUGGUGAAGCCAUAUGAUUGGCUGAAGCAGAACUCCUCUGUCUGUGAUUGGUCAUCGAGGGUAGACGCUGUGAUUGGCUGAGAAGUCCAAACAUGGACCCACAACAUCCUGGGGUUACCAACAAUCCUUAGCUCUACGGAGGCCCCGCCUCUUCGGUGAGGAUGUCAAUAGACGUGGCCAAUAGGAACGGCCCUGCCCUGACUCCUCCCGCCUCACUCAGCCUUCGCUCCUCCCACAAUCGUGAUGUCAGUGGCGGUGAUGUCACCAGGCUGGGUUGGGCCACGUUUCCUAAGUGUCGUAAGAAGUAUUGUCUGACCAGCAUCCAGAAUGCAAUGGGGCUGAGUGACGUAACUCUUCCUCCGUCGUCGUCGACUCCCAACAACCCCGAACUGGCCAAGAACGGGCUGAACGCCCGGCGCAAAGCAGCCGAACCACAUGGACAACAUGACCACAACAAGAACACGACCCCUGACCCCGACUCAACCACAGCCGAACCACAUGGACAACAUGACCACAACAAGAACACGACCCCUGACCCCGACUCAACCACAGCCGAACCACAUGGACAACAUGACCACAACAAGAACACGACCCCUGACCCCGACUCAACCACAGCCGAACCACAUGGACAACAUGACCACAACAAGAACGCGACCCCUGACCCCGACUCAACCACAGCCGAACCACAUGGACAACAUGACCACAACAAGAACGCGACCCCUGACCCCGACUCAACCACAGCCGAACCACAUGGACAACAUGACCACAACAAGAACACGACCCCUGACCCCGACUCAACCACAGCCGAACCACAUGGACAACAUGACCACAACAAGAACACGACCCUGACCCCGACUCAACCACAGCCGAACCACAUGGACAACAAACACGACCCUGACCCCGACUCAACCACAGCCGAACCACAUGGACAACAUGACCACAACAAGAACGCGACCCCUGACCCCGACUCAACCACAGCCGAACCACAUGGACAACAUGACCACAACAAGAACGCGACCCCUGACCCCGACUCAACCACAGAGGACUGCAAUACAAACAAUACAACCGUCAAUGAGGACAUCCUCACCAAGAUGAACCUCGACCCCGACACCAAGACACACCUGGAUCUGAAAACUAACGUGAACUCAGACCUGGACCUGAAAACUAACGUGAACUCAGACCUGGAUCUGAAAACUAACGUGAACUCAGACCUGGAUCUGAAAACUAACGUGAACUCAGACCUGGACCUGAAAACUAACGUGAACUCAGACCUGGAUCUGAAAACUAACGUGAACUCAGACCUGGAUCUGAAAACUAACGUGAACUCAGACCUGGAUCUGAAAACUAACGUGAACUCAGACCUGGAAAGCAUCACGAACGUGACAGACGACGGGGAUGACAUCAGCAUCCUGUCUGAGAAGGAAGUGGAGAUGAAAAUAGCGGAGGAGGAGAGUAGUAUAGAUGAGGAAGAGGAGGGGGAAGAGGAGGAGAGGAGGAUAGAGUAUGAGAGGAUAGAGGAGGAGAGGAUAGAGGAGAGGAUAGAGGAGGAGAGGAUAGAGGAGGAAGAGGAGGAGAGGAUAGAGGAGGAGAGGAUAGAGGAAGAGGAGGAGAGGAUAGAGGAAGAGGAGGAGAGGGUAAAGGAGGAGAGGAUAGAGGAAGAGGAGGAGAGGAUAGAGGAGGAGAGGAUAGAGGAGGAAGAGGAGGAGAGGAUAGAGGAGGAGAGGAUAGAGGAAGAGGAGGAGAGGAUAGAGGAAGAGGAGGAGAGGAUAGAGGAGGAGAGGAUAGAGGAGGAGAGGAUAGAGGAGAGGAUAGAGGAGGAAGAGGAGGAGAGGAUAGAGGAGGAGAGGAUAGAGGAGGAAGAGGAGAGGAUAGAGGAGGAAGAGGAGGAGAGGAUAGAGGAGGAGAGGAUAGAGGAGGAAGAGGAGGAGAGGAUUGAGGAGGAGAGGAUAGAGGAGGAAGAGGAGGAGAGGAUAGAGGAGGAGAGGAUAGAGGAGGAAGAGGAGAGGAUCGAGGAAGAGGAGGAGAGCAUAGAGGAGGAAGAGGAGGAGAGGAUAGAGGAGGAGAGGAUAGAGGAGGAGAGGAUUGAGGAGGAGAGGAUAGAGGAUGAAGAGGAGGAGAGGAUAGAGGAGGAGGAGGAGAGGAGGCCUCCGUUGAAGAGUGAGAACCAGGUCAAAGCUCCAGACCAGGAGAGCCACUCAGACCUCCACCCCAGCUUUAGGCUCCCCAAAUCGGUUAAAGACUCUCUGUAUCCCCCUCCUCCCUCCACACCCAGACAAAGCAGUCCUGAAGACACCCCUCCCCUCUCCUCCUCCUCCUCCUCUCCUCUGAGGCAGAAGGAUAGUGUUGUAGAGGUGAAGACAGACUGUGUUGUAAUCAGGAUCCAGGACAUGAACUCUCCUGGCUGGUCCUCUCUGUCUCAGGAGAACACCUCACCUCUCCUCCCAGAUAUCUGGAGUGAUCAUCAGGGCUUCUGUCAGACAGAAGGGGACCUUCCUCCAGGAUGGAAGAGGAUUACAGACAAGGCUGAUAUCUACUACUGGCAUAUCCCUAGUGGAGCCACACAAUGGGAGAGACCAGCGCCCAGAGACCCUCUCACCAGACAGGAGGGCUCUAGCCUGGGGGACACCACCUCAGCCUCUCCACCUCCAGACCACCAGCCUCGCUCAUCCUCUCUACAUGAACCUGAUCAUUCUGAACCUCACAUGGAAGAUGUCAAGAAGCAGCUGUGGGGUGAUGUUGGAGCUGUGAGUGGGGGAAAGAUUGAUAGUGAGGUUUGGAAGGACCUGCAGGCGGCCACGGUGAACCCUGACCCCAGCUUGAAGGAGUUUGAGGGAGCUACGCUCAGAUAUGCAUCGCUACGGAUCCCUCUCCCACUGGAAGAGGAGGAGUCUAACAGUGACCCUGAGGCCAAGUGUUUUGCGGUGCAGUCUCUGGGUUGGGUAGAGAUGGCAGAAGAGGACCUGUCGCCAGGGAAGAGUAGCGUUGCCGUUAACAACUGUAUCCGACAGCUAUCCUACUGCAAGAGCAACAUCAGAGAUACGGUCGGCAUCUGGGGAGAGGGUCAGGACAUGUAUCUGGUUCUGGUGAACAACAUGUUGAACCUGGUUGAUCCUACGGACCGUUGUCUUGGCAACGUGCUUCAUUCUCAGCCAAUAGCAAGCAUUCGUGUCUGGGGGGUCGGCCGUGACAAUGUCAGGGACUUUGCGUACGUAGCGAGGGAUAAGGACACCAGGAUUCUGAAGUGUCAUGUGUUCCGUUGUGACACUCCAGCUAAAGCCAUCGCUACCAGCCUCCACCUCAUCUGCUCUAGGAUCAUGUCGGAGCGUAAGCAUGCUAAAGCGUUAUCAGGGGCGUUGUCAGGGGCGUUGUCAGGGGGCGUGUCUCUACACGACAGAAUGCAGUCAGGACUAGACCUCCCGCUACAAGGUACUCUACUUUCCCCUCCAAAGACAGAGUUGGUCCAGAGGUUCCGGCUGCUGUAUCUGGGUAUGAAGCCAGUAGACAGACCUAUAGGUAUGGACAUAUUGAACGGGGCGAUAGACAGUCUGAUUGGUUCUUCCAGUAGAGAGGAGUGGAAAGCUGUUAACCUCAACGUGGCUGAUGCUACCCUCAUUAUCAGCAACAACCAGGAGGUGAAGGAGGAGGAGGUGAAGGAGGAGGAGGAGGUGAAGGAGGAGGUGGAGGAGGAGGUGUUGGUAGAGUGCAGGGUGAGGUUUCUGUCCUUCAUUGGGGUAGGGAGGGACAUCCACUGCUUUGCCUUCAUCAUGGACGGAGGAGGACAACGCUACGAGUGUCACGUGUUCUGGUGUGAACCCAACGCUGGACAGCUCUCUGAGGCCGUACAGGCUGCGUGCAUGUUAAGGUAUCAGAAGUGCCUGUUGGCUCACCCCCCCUCCCAGAGACCCCUCCCCUCCUGUGGCCGUGGCUCCUCCUCCCUGGGCAGCGGCGGUGGUAACCGCGGUAACGGCGGUGUGAAGAGAGGAGUGCUGUCCCUCAUCGACACCCUCAAACAGAAGGGACCGCUGCCCCACCAGAGUAACCACGGAAACUAAACUAACAUCGUGACCAGGACCGCACACCCCGGUAACUAUUGGGGGAAAAAAAACAACGCUGCACCUUUUGCUAAUCGUGAAAAUCACGACUCUAAUCCGGUCGAACUAUGGCAGCCAAACGUAGACCUCCUCCCAUCACCUCAACACAGAACUGUCUACCAGUCGGUGAUCACCUCAACACAGAACUGUCUACCAGUCGGUGAUCACCUCAACACAGAACUGUCUACCAGUCGGUGAUCAACCCCAACACAGAACUGUCUACCAGUCGGUGAUCACCUCAACACAGAACUGUCUACCAGUCGGUGAUCACCUCAACACAGAACUGUCUACCAGUCGGUGAUCACCUCAACACAGAACUGUCUACCAGCCGGUGAUCACCUCAACACAGAACUGUCUACCAGUCGGUGAUCACCUCAACACAGAACUGUCUACCAGUCGGUGAUCACCUCAACACAGAACUGUCUACCAGUCGGUGAUCACCUCAACACAGAACUGUCUACCAGCCGGUGAUCACCUCAACACAGAACUGUCUACCAGUCGGUGAUCACCUCAACACAGAACUGUCUACCAGUCGGUGAUCACCUCAACACAGAACUGUCUACCAGUCGGUGAUCAACCCCAACACAGAACUGUCUACCAGUCGGUGAUCACCUCAACACAGAACUGUCUACCAGUCGGUGAUCACCUCAACACAGAACUGUCUACCAGUCGGUGAUCACCUCAACACAGAACUGUCUACCAGUCGGUGAUCACCUCAACACAGAACUGUCUACCAGCCGGUGAUCACCUCAACACAAAGAGAGAGAGAGAGAGAGAGAGAGAGAGAGGGGAAAAUAAUCAGGUUGGAGUGACCUCUACCCUCUGACCUGGUGACCCUUCCUGUCUGUACCUGUACCUCCAGCAUGACCUGGGACACCUGCAGACACACCUGUAGACACAACCUACACACACCUGUAGAGGCACCUGUUGACACAACCUACACACACCUGUAGAGACACCUGUAGACACAACCUACACACAACUGUAGAGACACCUGUAGACACAACCUACACAGACCUGUAGAGGCACUUGUUCAUAUCUACACCUGUUCAUAUCUACACCUGCUGUUCAUAUCUACACCUGUAUACACCUGUUCAUAUCUACACCUGUUCAUAUCUACACCUGUAUACACCUGUUCAUAUCUACACCUGUUCAUAUAUACACCUGUUCAUAUCUACACCUGUAUACACCUGUUCAUAUCUACACCUGUAUACACCUGUUCAUAUCUACACCUGUAUACACCUGUUCAUAUCUACACCUGUUCAUAUCUACACCUGUUCAUAUCUACACCUGUUCAUAUCUACACCUGUAUACACCUGUUCAUAUCUACACCUGUAUACACCUGUUCAUAUCUACACCUGUUCAUAUCUACACCUGUAUACACCUGUUCAUAUCUACACCUGUUCAUAUAUACACCUGUAUACACCUGUUCAUAUCUACACCUGUAUACACCUGUUCAUAUCUACACCUGUUCAUAUCUACACCUGUAUACACCUGUUCAUAUCUACACCUGUAUACACCUGUUCAUAUCUACACCUGUUCAUAUCUACACCUGUAUACACCUGUUCAUAUCUACACCUGUAUACACCUGUUCAUAUCUACACCUGUUCAUAUCUACACCUGUAUACACCUGUUCAUAUCUACACCUGUAUACACCUGUUCAUAUCUACACCUGUUCAUAUCUACACCUGUAUACACCUGUUCAUAUUUUGGCGAGGAAUCACAAGUGUAUCCUUCCACAGAAGACAGUCCUCCCUCCUCGAUAGCGGCCUUUUGACGAGGAAUCACACGUGUAUCCUUCCACAGAAGACAGUCCUCCCUCCUCGAUAGCCUCCUUUUGGCGAGGAAUCACACGUGUAUCCUUCCACAGAAAACAGUCCUCCCCUCCUCGAUAGCGGCCUUUUGACGAGGAAUCACACGUGUAUCCUUCCACAGAAGACAGUCCUCCCUCCUCGAUAGCCUCCUUUUGGUGAGGAAUCACACGUGUAUCCUUCCACAGAAGACAGUCCUCCCCUCCCCUCCUCGAUAGCGCCCUUUUGACGAGGAAUCACACAUGUAUCCUUCCACAGAAGACAGUCCUCCCCUCCUCGAUAGCGGCCUUUUGACGAGGAAUCACACGUGUAUCCUUCCACAGAAAACAGUCCUCCCCUCCUCGAUAGCCUCCUUUUGGCGAGGAAUCACACAUGUAUCCUUCCACAGAAGACAGUCCUCCCCUCCUCGAUAGCGGCCUUUUGACGAGGAAUCACACGUGUAUCCUUCCACAGAAAACAGUCCUCCCCUCCCCUCCUCGAUAGCCUCCUUUUGGCGAGGAAUCACACGUGUAUCCUUCCACAGAAGACAGUCCUCCCUCCUCGAUAGCGGCCUUUUGACGAGGAAUCACACGUGUAUCCUUCCACAGAAGACAGUCCUCCCUCCUCGAUAGCCUCCUUUUGGUGAGGAAUCACACGUGUAUCCUUCCACAGAAGACAGUCCUCCCUCCUCGAUAGCCUCCUUUUGGCGAGGAAUCACACGUGUAUCCUUCCACAGAAAACAGUCCUCCCCUCCCCUCCUCGAUAGCCUCCUUUUGGCGAGGAAUCACACGUGUAUCCUUCCACAGAAGACAGUCCUCCCUCCUCGAUAGCGGCCUUUUGACGAGGAAUCACACGUGUAUCCUUCCACAGAAGACAGUCCUCCCUCCUCGAUAGCCUCCUUUUGGUGAGGAAUCACACGUGUAUCCUUCCACAGAAGACAGUCCUCCCCUCCUCGAUAGCCUCCUUUUGGUGAGGAAUCACACGUGUAUCCUUCCACAGAAGACAGUCCUCCCCUCCUCGAUAGCGGCCUUUUGACGAGGAAUCACACGUGUAUCCUUCCACAGAAAACAGUCCUCCCCUCCUCGAUAGCCUCCUUUUGGCGAGGAAUCACACGUGUAUCCUUCCACAGAAAACAGUCCUCCCCUCCUCGAUAGCGGCCUUUUGACGAGGAAUCACACGUGUAUCCUUCCACAGAAAACAGUCCUCCCCUCCUCGAUAGCCUCCUUUUGGUGAGGAAUCACACGUGUAUCCUUCCACAGAAAACAGUCCUCCCCUCCUCGAUAGCCUCCUUUUGGCGAGGAAUCACACGUGUAUCCUUCCACAGAAAACAGUCCUCCCCUCCUCGAUAGCCUCCUUUUGGUGAGGAAUCACACGUGUAUCCUUCCACAGAAAACAGUCCUCCCCUCCUCGAUAGCCUCCUUUUGGCGAGGAAUCACACGUGUAUCCUUCCACAGAAAACAGUCCUCCCCUCCUCGAUAGCGGCCUUUUGACGAGGAAUCACACGUGUAUCCUUCCACAGAAGACAGUCCUCCCUCCUCGAUAGCCUCCUUUUGGCGAGGAAUCACACGUGUAUCCUUCCACAGAAAACAGUCCUCCCUCCUCGAUAGCCUCCUUUUGGCGAGGAAUCACACGUGUAUCCUUCCACAGAAGACAGUCCUCCCUCCUCGAUAGCGGCCUUUUGACGAGGAAUCACACGUGUAUCCUUCCACAGAAGACAGUCCUCCCUCCUCGAUAGCCUCCUUUUGGUGAGGAAUCACACGUGUAUCCUUCCACAGAAGACAGUCCUCCCCUCCCCUCCUCGAUAGCGUCCUUUUGACGAGGAAUCACACAUGUAUCCUUCCACAGAAGACAGUCCUCCCCUCCUCGAUAGCGGCCUUUUGACGAGGAAUCACACGUGUAUCCUUCCACAGAAAACAGUCCUCCCCUCCUCGAUAGCCUCCUUUUGGCGAGGAAUCACACAUGUAUCCUUCCACAGAAGACAGUCCUCCCCUCCUCGAUAGCGGCCUUUUGACGAGGAAUCACACGUGUAUCCUUCCACAGAAAACAGUCCUCCCCUCCUCGAUAGCCUCCUUUUGGUGAGGAAUCACACGUGUAUCCUUCCACAGAAAACAGUCCUCCCCUCCUCGAUAGCCUCCUUUUGGCGAGGAAUCACACGUGUAUCCUUCCACAGAAAACAGUCCUCCCCUCCUCGAUAGCGGCCUUUUGACGAGGAAUCACACGUGUAUCCUUCCACAGAAAACAGUCCUCCCCUCCUCGAUAGCCUCCUUUUGGUGAGGAAUCACACGUGUAUCCUUCCACAGAAAACAGUCCUCCCCUCCUCGAUAGCCUCCUUUUGGCGAGGAAUCACACGUGUAUCCUUCCACAGAAAACAGUCCUCCCCUCCUCGAUAGCGGCCUUUUGACGAGGAAUCACACGUGUAUCCUUCCACAGAAAACAGUCCUCCCCUCCUCGAUAGCCUCCUUUUGGUGAGGAAUCACACGUGUAUCCUUCCACAGAAAACAGUCCUCCCCUCCUCGAUAGCCUCCUUUUAGCGAGGAAUCACACAUGUAUCAGUAUAUUAUAUUCACGUUUUAUAUUGUCACACAGUCACUCCUCACUCACAGAUAUAGCACCAAGGUUGCUUCCCAAACUGCACCCUAUUCCCUACGUAGUACAGUACUUUGAGUACGCCCCCUCUAGACCCCGGUAGUGCAUAAUAUAGGGAAUAGUUUUCCAUUUAGAACACAGCAUAGGGUUCCAUUUAGAACACAGCAUAGGGUUCCAUUUAGAACACAGCAUAGGGUUCCAUUUAGAACACAGCAUAGGGUUCCAUUUAGAACACAGAUAGGGUUCCAUUUAGAACACAGCAUAGGGUUCCAUUUAGAACACAACCCAUGUCUGAGACAGACACAAAAGCUUUAUAACAGUUAGACCAGUAAUAACAUCAGGCUUGAGAACAGUUAUAACAUGUUAUAGAACAACAGGCUUGAGAACAGUUAUAACAUGUUAUAGAACAAGACACAGGCUUGUGAACAGUUAUACCAUGUUAUAGAACAACAGGCUUGAGAACAGUUAUAACAUGUUAUAGAACAAGACACAGGCUUGUGAACAGUUAUACCAUGUUAUAGAACAUCAGGCUUGAGGACAGUUAUAACAUGCUAUAGAACAACAGGUUUGAGAACAGUUAUAACAUGUUAUAGAACAACAGGCUUGAGAACAGUUAUAACAUGUUAUAGAACAACAGGCUUGAGAACAGUUAUAACAUGUUAUAGAACAACAGGCUUGAGAACAGUUAUAACAUGUUAUAGAACAAGACACAGGCUUGAGAACAGUUAUAACAUGUUAUAGAACAUCAGGCUUGAGAACAGUUAUAACAUGUUAUAGAACAACAGGCUUGAGAACAGUUAUAACAUGUUAUAGAACAACAGGCUUGAGAACAGUUAUAACAUGUUAUAGAACAACAGGCUUGAGAACAGUUAUAACAUGUUAUAGAACAACAGGCUUGAGAACAGUUAUAACAUGUUAUAGAACAAGACACAUUCUUGAGAACAGUUAUAACAUGUGAUAGAACAACAGGCUUGAGAACAGUUAUAACAUGUUAUAGAACAAGACACAUUCUUGAGAACAGUUAUAACAUGUGAUAGAACAACAGGCUUGAGAACAGUUAUAACAUGUGAUAGAACAACAGGCUUGAGAACAGUUAUAACAUGUGAUAGAACAACAGGCUUGAGAACAGUUAUAACAUGUUAUAGAACAACAGGCUUGAGAACAGUUAUAACAUGUUAUAGAACAACAGGCUUGAGAACAGUUAUAACAUGUUAUAGAACAAGACACAUUCUUGAGAACAGUUAUAACAUGUGAUAGAACAUCAGGCUUGAGAACAGUUAUAACAUGUUAUAGAACAACAGGCUUGAGAACAGUUAUAACAUGUGAUAGAACAACAGGCUUGAGAACAGUUAUAACAUGUUAUAGAACAAGACACAUUCUUGAGAACAGUUAUAACAUGUGAUAGAACAACAGGCUUGAGAACAGUUAUAACAUGUUAUAGAACAACAGGCUUGAGAACAGUUAUAACAUGUUAUAGAACAAGACACAGGCUUGAGAACAGUUAUAACAUGUUAUAGAACAACAGGCUUGAGAACAGUUAUAACAUGUUAUAGAACAACAGGCUUGAGAACAGUUAUAACAUGUUAUAGAACAACAGGCUUGAGAACAGUUAUAACAUGUUAUAGAACAAGACACAGGCUUGAGAACAGUUAUAACAUGUUAUAGAACAAGACACAGGCUUGAGAACAGUUAUAACAUGUUAUAGAACAACAGGCUUGAGAACAGUUAUAACAUGUUAUAGAACAACAGGCUUGAGAACAGUUAUAACAUGUUAUAGAACAACAGGCUUGAGAACAGUUAUAACAUGUUAUAGAACAACAGGCUUGAGAACAGUUAUAACAUGUUAUAGAACAAGACACAGGCUUGAGAACAGUUAUAACAUGUUAUAGAACAACAGGCUUGAGAACAGUUCUAACAUGUUAUAGAACAACAGGCUUGAGAACAGUUAUAACAUGCUAUAGAACAACAGGCUUGAGAACAGUUAUAACAUGUUAUAGAACAACAGGCUUGAGAACAGUUAUAACAUGUUAUAGAACGACAGGCUUGAGAACAGUUAUAACAUGCUAUAGAACAACAGGCUUGAGAACAGUUAUAACAUGUUAUAGAACAACAGGCUUGAGAACAGUUAUAACAUGUUAUAGAACAACAGGCUUGAGAACAGUUAUAACAUGUUAUAGAACAAGACACAGGCUUGAGAACAGUUAUAACAUGUUAUAGAACAACAGACUUGAGAACAGUUAUAACAUGUUAUAGAACAAGACACAUUCUUGAGAACAGUUAUAACAUGUGAUAGAACAACAGGCUUGAGAACAGUUAUAACAUGUUAUAGAACAACAGGCUUGAGAACAGUUAUAACAUGUGAUAGAACAACAGGCUUGAGAACAGUUAUAACAUGUUAUAGAACAACAGGCUUGAGAACAGUUAUAACAUGUUAUAGAACAACAGGCUUGAGAACAGUUAUAACAUGUUCUAGAACAACAGGCUUGAGAACAGUUAUAACAUGUUCUAGAACAACAGGCUUGAGAACAGUUAUAACAUGUUCUAGAACAACAGGCUUGAGAACAGUUAUAACAUGUUCUAGAACAACAGGCUUGAGAACAGUUAUAACAUGUUCUAGAACAACAGGCUUGAGAACUGUUAUAACAUGUUCUAGAACAACAGGCUUGAGAACAGUUAUAACAUGUUCUAGAACAACAGGCUUGAGAACAGUUAUAACAUGUUCUAGAACAACAGGCUUGAGAACAGUUAUAACAUGUUCUAGAACAACAGGCUUGAGAACAGUUAUAACAUGUUCUAGAACAACAGGCUUGAGCCUCCAUGUGUCUCCUUCCGUUUGCUCCUCUCUGGUUUAUCACUAUAUCAAUUUAACCUGUAUGAAUAAACUGCUUAUUAAAACAGG